CUAGGAGUUUGUCUUUUGCCAGUUGAGGUUAAAAUCAUUAAAGUCAACCCGACAAGUAAACAUUUCAUUUCAAACAGUGAACCAUUUCAAAUAUUUAAGCCAGCUCAAAAUAAUAAAAUUAUGGGAUAGUGUAUUAAUUUAAUGACAAUGUCCAGACUUUAUCAGUAAUGGCGGACAAAGCGCAAAAUAGCACAAAAAAAGAAAGGAAAACUGUACACAAGGAAGGUCAGAAUAGUAAAGAACAUAAAGAAUAUAAAAAAUGGACUAAACCGCACUUCUCUAAAAGCGCCACCACCGUGUCAAUGAGCACCGCUGAACGCUCAAUCCGCGCCGAGCCCUAUCACCGCGUCAACAAAUCGCCUGUUGGCAUGCAUAAUACUGGAGUCCCUCUGGAAGACCUGAUUCGCUCCGCCGGCCUUCUGAUCCAGGCUCUGAACAUGCGACGGUACUACAUGGACAUGUCCUGUCAGUCCAUCUCAUCGGAACUGCGGAGGUACCUCGCGGACCACCGGAUCCCUCAGAUAGAGAGACAUAACUCCUCUUACUGGGCUACCGACGCACAUAACGCACUCCUGAGGAUUGGAUCUGACACUGUGGAACGAUACCUUGAAAUGACGGCAGUGGCGUCUGAAGGCAUGCUACGACCUCUACCCAGCACUAUUUUGACUCCCCAUGUAUCCAAUAUGCUAUUGCCAGUAUCAGGAAGACCGAGAACGCUUACGCGAGAAAUCACGACCACACAGUCUCUGGAGAGUGAAGACCUGCGAGAACCCUUUUUAGCAGGGGUACAUUUGGACCCAUGGGCGUGCCCUCAGCCACCAGACCGGAAGUACGUUUCCUGCUGGAAGAACGGCGUCGUUCACCUGUUCCGGUGCCAGGAGGACGCAGACAAAGAUGAACGAGCCUUGCCCUUCGACUACGUGCCCUUCAAACAAUACGUUGAGGAUAUGGACAGGCUAGGGGACAUGAUUGCUGAUGGACCACUAAAGUCCUUCUGCUUCCGCCGGCUGAGCUACCUCUCCUCCAAGUUCAAGAUGCACGUCCUCCUGAACGAGAUACACGAACAGGCGCUGCAGAAAGCUGUGCCGCACAGAGAUUUUUACAACGUCAGAAAAGUGGACACGCACAUCCACGCCGCCUCCUGCAUGAACCAGAAGCACCUCCUCCGCUUCAUCAAGAGGACUCUCCGUCAGAACGCGAAUGAGAUCGUGGCUAUACAGAACGGUGCGCCGGUCACCUUGAAGACCGUGUUUGAAAACAUGAAGCUGGACGCGUACGAUCUCAAUGUGGAUAUCUUAGAUGUCCACGCGGAUCGCAAUACAUUCCACCGCUUCGACAGAUUCAACGCGAAGUACAAUCCUGUUGGCGAGAGCAGCCUCAGGGAGGUGUUCCUCAAGACGGACAAUUAUAUGAAUGGCACUUACUUUGCUAAUAUCAUCAAGGAAGUGAUAGCAGACCUAGCAGAUAAUAAAUAUACAUAUGUGGAGCCGAGAAUCUCGAUCUACUGCAAGAACAAGAACGAGUGGACCAAGCUGGCGACCUGGGCCGUCCACAACAACGUGCACUCCCCGCACCUGAGGUGGCUGGUCCAGGUGCCGAGACUUUAUGAUAUCUACCGCAUCAAGAAGCUCCUGAAGAAUUUCCAAGAGUUCCUGAGUAACCUGUUUGACCCGCUGUUCGAAGUCUCCAUCAACCCGACCUCUAACCCUGAUUUACAUAAAUUUCUCACGCAACUGAUCGGCUUCGACAGCGUGGACGACGAGUCCAAACCAGAGAACCCCAACCUGAUGGAGCACACGAAGCCUCCUGAGGAGUGGGACGAUGAAGAAAACCCACCAUAUAACUACUACGUCUACUAUAUGUACGCGAACAUGUCCGUGCUGAACAAACUGAGGACCGAGCAAGGACUGAACACGUUCGUGUUCCGGCCACACUGUGGCGAGGCUGGGCCGGCCAACCACCUCAACGCUGGGUUCCUGCUGGCACAGAACAUCUCCCACGGGUUAAUGCUGCGAAAGACGCCCGCGCAGCAGUACCUCUACUAUCUCUCCCAAAUAUUCAUCGCGAUGUCCCCUCUGAGCAACAACUCGCUGUUUCUGCGAUACCACCGGAACCCGAUGCCAGAUUACUUUGCCAGAGGGCUGCCGGUCACCCUCAGUACUGACGACCCACUGCAGUUCCACUUCACAAAGGAGCCUCUGAUGGAGGAGUACAGCAUCGCUGCGCAGGCGUGGAAGCUGAGCCAGUGCGACAUGUGCGAACUGGCGAGGAACUCCGUGCUGCAGUCAGGGUUUCCUCAUGAGAUGAAGCAGUACUGGCUGGGUGAAGAGUACAUGCACGAAGGUCCGGCCGGCAACGACAUCACGCGAACCAACGUGCCAAAUGUGAGAAUCGCAUUCCGCUACGACACGCUCAUCGAUGAACUCGACACGCUGUUCCAGGCCAGAGAGGAGUGACUUUUGCGGCGGCGUAAACAAUACUGUGAUAAACACCACAACCGUAAUAUUUUACUGUUCAUUUUUAUUUAUAAAUUACGUCGCGUGCUUUUUUCUCUAUAUUUAUAUAAAAAAUAAAAGGACUAUGUAAACUUAAAGAAAAAAACUUUUAUUUACAAGUUUUACAAUAGUAUCAUUAAAAUAAAUAAAAAUAUAAUUUCUCCAAAGACAAAGAAAACCACAGACAACCAAAUGAAAUACAACAUUCUCGUAUAACUUUCAGGCAUAUCUUACACAAAA